AUGAAUCCAUCCUAUACGCAAAAUCCUAGUGCAGGUUACAAUGCUGAACCAUCACUGAAUUUUUCGACUUUACAGGCAGUUAAUUAUAACAACGUUGGUGAACAAAACUGGAAACAUUUUUUAACAAAAACUCCUGCAAAUGUUACAAAAAAACUAAAUAUUUUGGCUGUUUUCUGUAUUAUCAUUGGUAUUGUUAAUGUUGCAAUAGAAUUUCGACUUUUACACGAUAAUAUAUUUAGUUUUAUUAUUGGCUUUGUCAAUGGAUUUUUUUUAAUAUCAUUUGGCAUUCUAACUUUUAUUUUAGCUUGUCAACAAGUUUAUGUUUUAUCAAAUCUAUUUGUUGUAGCAUAUUUUCAAAUGCUUUUUACAAUUGCUACAUUUAUUGUGUACUGUAUCAUUUUCUUUGGUAUAUACGGUCAUGGAUCUCGUUGUUCCUAUCCUUCUACAUGCCUUGAAAAUGAAGUACAAAUCGCAUUAAUAGUCGACUUAAUUAGUAAUUUUUUUACAUUCUGGUUACUAAUUACGAUUUUAACUGUUAUCACAAGUGCACGUCGACCACAGAUGACCUCAACAAUGCCAAGUUAUGUUGCAUAUGUUCCACAAACACAACCAAUGCACACUUCAUUUCAUAAUCCAUAUGCAAUGGCAAUGAAUCCAUCAAGUACAGCUUAA